AUGAGCAAGUCGCGGCGGGCAGCGGCCAAAGAGCAGGGGGCAGCCGCCUCCGCCUCGUCGCCUCUCCAGGGUCCCGAGAAGAAGCGGAAGGGCAAGAAGGGCAAAGGGGGCGCCGGCAAGAAAGGCGCCGCUCGGGAGGAGGACGGGCCAGCUGUGCCUCCUAAAUUGAAGGAAAUGAAAAGCCAGGAAUCAACUGUGGGUCAGACGCUAGUUCUCAGAUGUGAAGCCAGUUCUGAGCACCCCUCUCUCAAAUUCAAAUGGUUAAAGAAUGGCAAAGAAUUAACAAAAAGAAACAGACCGGAGAAUAUCAAGAUCAAGAGCCCCAAAAAACAAAAGACAUCCUCAGAACUUCGAAUUUCGAGAGCUUCAUUGGAUGAUGCUGGUGAAUACACGUGUAAAGUGAGCAACAGAUUUGGGAAUGACAGCACCAAAGCUCGGAUUGUCAUUACCGAUGCCAGUGAACCCACCAACACAAUACCAGUUUUGACCAAAGGAGCAAACACAUCUUCACAGCCUAUAGAGAAGAUAUCAGCCUCCACUGAAGGAACAAAUACAUCUUCCUUUAGAGAAAUGUAA